AUUUCGAAAACUUAUCGACAAGGUGAAAGAAAUCAAGUUCGCAAAUCAAAUCAGUUUGACUUUAGCGAGAAAAAAGAAACGAUUAAAAUUAAAGUCGUUUCUGCAGGAGACUAUUGUGAAAUUCUAGCUUUACUAAUCAAACAAAUUAACAAAAAACUCGAUAUGGCUGCUGUUAUUCGUGUUAAACGUCGUAUCGAUGAACAACCACAAAAUGCAUUUGUUCUCAAGAAACGCAAGACUGAUGACCUUUCAAACAAUCACCAACAUUCGAGUUUGCUAUCAACCAGCUGCGAAACGAAUACAAUCUUGAAAUUUGCUGGAACCGUUGAUAGCCAGGACGAUUGCAUUACAAGUCACAUUUCCAAAUUAACCAAAGAUGAAGCGAAAUCAUUAGCAACUAAGACAAGAGUGCCAACAAAUCCAACCGACCGUUGUCGUGACGAGACAAAACAAAAUUCACAGGAAAAUCGCUUCAAAAUCGUAAACUGCUAUCGAGCUGCGGACGAAGGGCAUGGCGAAGAGUCGAAAGGUAUUACUGUCGUCGAUGUUGAGAGUAAUACACCAGCUAAAGAUGAUAGCGCACAAUCACUGCCAACAUUAUCUCCGUCGUCGUCCACGGCCGUUACAUCAAGCCAACAACAGGAUGCACAACAAUCGACAUCCAACGAUUUCGUUUACGAUAUUUAUCUAACCGACACAAACGAUCUGACUGAAAUGGACACCAAUUUGGUGAACGACUUAUUAAGUGUCUACCCGUUGAACGAUGACCUAUACGCCGGAAGAUAUGGCGGCAAUGGCUACAACGAUGAAUCAGACACAUACUCCGAAGAUUCGAAUAGCGAAAGUCAUUGGCGCAAUGAAUAUCCCGACGAAGACGACGAAGGCGAUGACAAUGAAAGUGUCGGCGAAAGAGAAAUGAUGCGAGCUGUAAACAACCUCGAUAUCGACGACGAUCUAUCUGAUGAUGACAGCAUCGGUUCAGCAUCAGCUGAUGAUGUUAAUCGAUUUGGCACUGCCUAUGCUAAAUAUAAAAAGCGCGUUCUGAAUCGACAUAACUAUUUCGAUGGCGUUGUCGACGACGAUGGUGAUUAUAUGAGUGAGUUAAGUUGUAGUGAUGAUUCAGAUUAGCGGAUUGACUGUCGUCGGUGUCGUAUAACUGUUACCUCAACUUUUAUAAAUUGUUUAAGAGCCAAUAUUAUUAAUAAAAAAAGCUUUGAAUA